GGACAAAUGCGAUUGGUGCUGAUGGUGAAGGUAGUGAAUCCGCAGCAGCACGCAAGAGGAAAUAGACAGCGGACAUCCACGAAGGCUGUGCUUGUCAGACCUACCGCUUAGCCACUUGCAUUAUCCAACUACAGGGACGCAUUUUUCUUAAGUUAUUGCUCCUUCAAAAAAUGAAAUAGUUUUGAUGGUGGUAUGAAUUAUCCGUAUUUCAUGGUCUGGAACGUUGUAGCUAACCGGCGAGUUUGACAGGGCAAGGCAUCGGUCUCCUAACAAGUGUGAGGACUUACAUUAGCCACCGUUUUCAUUGCACGUGAGGUUAUUUAUAUUUGUAUGAAUUUUUGACAGCGUGAGUUUGGGGAAGACACACAAUAAUUGAGGAAUCAGUGGGGUUGUCGAGGUUUCAGCUAAGCAGUAAACGUUAGCGAGCUGGUGUGUGACCUCGCGCGGCUACUCUCACCAUGGAGAACGCUCACACAAAGACGGUGGAGGAAGUUUACAGCCAUUUCAACGUGAACGAAAGCACAGGUCUAGGUUUAGACCAGGUGAAGAGGCAGCGGGAAAAAUGGGGACCUAAUGAAUUGCCUGCUGAGGAGGGAAAAUCUUUAUGGGAACUGGUAGUUGAACAGUUUGGAGAUCUACUUGUGAGGAUUCUUCUUCUUGCAGCCUGCAUAUCCUUUGUGCUGGCCUGGUUCGAGGAGGGAGAGGAGACCAUCACAGCCUUCGUGGAGCCUUUUGUAAUUUUGCUGAUUCUAAUAGCAAAUGCCAUCGUGGGUGUCUGGCAGGAGCGAAAUGCGGAGAAUGCCAUUGAAGCGCUCAAAGAGUACGAGCCGGAGAUGGGAAAGGUGUACCGGCAGGACAGGAAGAGUGUGCAGCGGAUCAAGUCCAGGGACCUUGUACCAGGGGACAUUGUGGAGGUGGCCGUUGGCGACAAAGUUCCUGCAGAUAUUCGACUCACAUCCAUCAAAUCCACAACCCUGAGGGUGGACCAGUCCAUUCUGACAGGGGAGUCUGUCUCUGUGAUCAAACACACUGACCCGGUACCUGACCCCCGGGCUGUCAACCAGGACAAGAAGAACAUGCUCUUCUGUGGUACAAACAUAGCAGCGGGUAAGGCGGUGGGCGUUGUGGUGGCCACGGGCGUCCACACGGAGAUUGGCAAGAUCCGGGACGAGAUGGCGUGCACGGAGCAGGAGCGUACGCCUCUGCAGCAGAAGCUGGAUGAGUUCGGGGAGCAGCUGUCUAAGGUAAUCUCCCUGAUCUGCAUCGCUGUGUGGCUCAUCAACAUUGGCCACUUCAGCGACCCCGUCCAUGGAGGCUCCUGGAUCCGCGGCGCUGUGUACUACUUCAAGAUUGCUGUGGCCCUGGCCGUGGCCGCCAUCCCUGAGGGUCUGCCCGCUGUCAUCACCACCUGUCUGGCUCUAGGAACCCGCCGGAUGGCCAAGAAGAACGCAAUUGUCCGCAGCCUGCCCUCUGUGGAGACCCUGGGCUGCACCUCCGUCAUCUGCUCCGACAAGACCGGCACCCUCACCACCAACCAGAUGUCUGUCUGCAGGAUGUUCAUUAUUGACCAGGCUGCAGGCGAUAGCUGCUCCCUGAAGGAGUUCACAAUCACUGGCUCCACAUACGCACCUGAGGGACAAGUGUACCAUGAUGGUAAACAAGUGAAGUCCUCCCAGUAUGAUGGCUUGGUGGAGAUGGCCUCCAUCUGUGCCCUGUGUAACGACUCCUCCCUGGAUUACAAUGAGACCAAAGGUGUGUAUGAGAAGGUUGGCGAGGCCACAGAGACUGCCCUUACCUGCCUGGUGGAGAAGAUGAACGUGUUUGACACCGACGUCAAGGGACUGUCCAAGAUCGAGAGAGCCAAUGCCUGCAACUCUGUGAUCAAGCAGCUGAUGAAGAAGGAGUUCACCCUGGAGUUCUCCAGAGACAGGAAGUCCAUGUCUGUGUACUGCACCCCCAACAAGGCCCGCUCCUCCAUUGGCAAGAUGUUUGUUAAGGGAGCCCCAGAAGGAGUGAUUGACAGGUGCACUCACAUCCGUGUGGGCGGGAACAAAGUGCCCCUGACCCCGGGCAUCAAGGACAAGGUAUUGUCAGUGAUCAGGGAGUACGGGACUGGGCGCGACACACUGCGCUGCCUGGCCCUGGCCACAAAGGACAACCCCAUUGCCAAAGAGAACAUGGUGUUGGAAGACUCAAACCGCUUCAUUGAAUACGAGACGGACCUGACGUUUGUGGGCUGCGUGGGCAUGCUGGACCCUCCCAGGGCCGAGGUAGCUGCCUCCAUCAAGCUGUGCCGCCUAGCCGGCAUCCGCGUCAUCAUGAUCACCGGCGACAACAAAGGCACAGCCGUUGCCAUCUGCCGCCGCAUCGGCAUCUUCAGUGACAAAGACGAUGUCUCCUCCAUGGCCUUCACCGGCCGCGAGUUUGACGACCUGUCGCCGGCCGCCCAGCGAGACGCGGUGGUGAACGCCCGCUGCUUCGCCCGCGUGGAGCCGUCCCAUAAAUCCAAGAUCGUGGAGUUCCUGCAGUCCAUGGACGAGAUCACAGCCAUGACUGGUGAUGGAGUGAACGACGCCCCUGCUCUGAAGAAGGCAGAGAUUGGCAUCGCCAUGGGUUCCGGCACGGCUGUAGCUAAGUCAGCCUCUGAGAUGGUCCUGGCCGAUGACAACUUCUCUACCAUCGUGGCGGCUGUGGAGGAGGGCAGGGCCAUCUACAACAACAUGAAGCAGUUCAUCCGCUACCUCAUCUCCUCCAAUGUGGGAGAGGUUGUCUGCAUCUUUCUGACGGCUGCUCUAGGCUUCCCCGAGGCUCUGAUCCCUGUCCAGCUGCUGUGGGUUAACCUGGUGACGGACGGCCUCCCUGCCACUGCACUGGGCUUCAACCCCCCCGACCUGGACAUCAUGAACAAGGUCCCCCGCAACGCCCGCGAGCCCCUCAUCUCUGGAUGGCUCUUCUUCAGAUACCUCGCCAUAGGAUGCUAUGUGGGUGUGGCUACAGUUGGUGCUGCUGCCUGGUGGUUCGUCGCUGCUGAGGACGGACCCAGGAUCACCUUUUACCAACUGAGCCACUUCCUGCAGUGUGGUCCUGAGAACCCAGAGUUUGAGGGUUUGGAGUGUGAGCUGUUUGAGUCCCCCUACCCCAUGACCAUGGCCCUGUCUGUGCUUGUCACCAUCGAGAUGUGCAACGCCCUCAACAGUGUGUCAGAGAACCAGUCCCUGCUGCGUAUGCCCCCCUGGGAGAACGUGUGGCUGCUGGGAGCCAUCUGCCUUUCCAUGUCCCUGCAUUUCCUUAUCCUCUAUGUGGAGCCCCUGCCGAUCAUCUUCCAGAUUACCCCUCUGAACCUGACCCAGUGGCUGAUGGUGCUGAAGCUCUCCCUGCCCGUCCUCCUGCUGGACGAGGUCCUAAAGUUAGCAGCCAGGAACUACAUGGAGAACUACCCUGGUAAAGAGCUGGAGAAGCCCAGCAGCAAAGGCUGCUCUCUCUCUGCAUGCAUGGAGGGCAUCUCCUGGCCCUUUGUGGCCCUCACCCUCCCCCUGGUGCUGUGGAUUUACAGCACCGACACUAACAUGGCAGACAUGUUCUGGUCCUGACUGACUUGAGCACAACCCCCUCUCUCUCCUCCAGUGUGUGCAUAGUUAGUGUGUGUGUGUUUGUGUAGACUUGGAGUGUGCCUGCCGAGCGUGCAUGAGAAGGACCUAGUUUAACACACAAACUUAACAAAUAAUAUAAAAAUGUAACAAUCGAAAAGGCCUUUUGUGAGUGGGUGAGGCUUUUGUGUGAGUGUCAGUUUGACCGUCACUCCUGUAGCUGUGGACUUUUUGCUGGUUCAAACAGAAAAUAAUGUCAGUUUUUGUUAUUGUCGAUAUUGCCUUUUAAAUUAGAAUAUUUUAAUGAUUUGAGAUUAUCAUUUUGUCUAAUUUCACUACAGUACAAAUAAUCAAUUCCUGGUUCUUUUUGCGCUGCCCUUUUCAUACGAGUAUACAAAUUUAGAUAUUUAAAAGCAGUCCAUUGACCUGUACAGAGAUUUAACACUAUUUUAUGCAACUUUUUUGUUUUUGUUCAUCACUUUGUAAAUUGUUGGAACGGAUUGCAGGAGGAGUGGCUAAGAGAAUGGUUAGGGUUACCUUUUAAUGUUUACCGUUGUCUUCAGUAUAAACUUAGAACUCUUUCAGAGCCGAUGGACAAGCACCAGAUAGCAGGAGAUGGGUAAGAUAAGGGUUUGUGGAGUGGUUGUGUGUGUAUGCAUCGCUGAAAUUGAAACAAAAGUAUCCUAAAAAUGGAAGCUGCAUGUUCUUUGACCUAGCAUGAACUGUACUGGGUUUUUCAUUUAGUCGUCUCCCCCACAUCAAUGUAAAAAUUACCUUUAUGGAUUUCUUUAUUUUUUAAACUUUUUGAUUUGAAAAGCCAGUUUUUCUGCACUAGGCAGAGCACAGCUACAUCAAUACGAUCCAUUUUGCUCAUUUCUAGAUGCUUUCCCCUACAUGGCUUUAGUCUUUAUUCAACAUUUAGUCAAUAUAGUUAUGACACCUGAUGUGUGCCCCUAUUUCCUUGUGCAGAAAACAAAAAACUAAUUGGCCAUUCCUCAGUAUUUUUUAUUAAGGGUAUUUUGUCUUUGUAUUUUUUAUUUGACAUGACUUUUAUUACAUUUAUUUUUGUUGUUUUGUUGGCAGGAUUGGGUGGGGAUAAAGGAUGUAAAUGUUGCCAUCUGUAUGUGGGUCAUGAUUUUGAUUCAAAGGAGAGAAAAGGCUACAAAAAUAAUUUACUUUUAAAAUACAGGUUUUCCAAUUGACUGCUCCAACCAUGAACUUGCGACACAUAAGUCCCCCAAUGUUUUGUUUUUUAUAUUUCAAGAAAAAUACACUCAUGAACCCUUUGAA